UGCACAUCAAAAGGUCGCGCGGGCGUUCAGAAGAUGUCUAAAAAUAGUUCAGCUCCUUCUAUAAAUGAUUUCGUCAUGAUAAAACCUAUAAGCAAAGGUGCUUUUGGAAAAGUGUUUUUAGGAGCUAAGGCAAACAAUAUUGACCUCAUAUACGCAAUAAAAAUAAUGUCUAAAGAGGAAAUGAGGAAGAAGAAUCUUGUGGAGAAAGUUACUUGUGAGCGAAAUGCUCUUGCAGUUAGUAAGUGUCCAUACAUUGUCCAUUUGUACUACUGUUUGCAAACCACCAGUCAUAUAUAUUUGGUUAUGGAAUACCUCGUCGGUGGUGACCUUAAGUCACUUUUGCUGGUUAUGGGCUGUCUUCAAGAAUCUCACGCUGCUAUCUAUACUGUUGAAAUCGCAAUAGCCUUGGAAUAUCUUCAUAAUCAUGGAAUAAUUCACCGUGACCUUAAGCCGGAUAACAUACUUAUUGACUCCAAAGGACAUUUAAAGCUGACAGAUUUCGGGUUAUCCACCAUAACAUGGAAGCGUCCCUUACAGCCAAGUGAUGUUUUGAAUACACCGUCUGUGGUUUCAUUACCUUUGCAGUACUACCGAACUCCUGGCCAACUUAUUUCCUUGACAACUGAACUGGCUUUCACGGAUACACCCAUCAUACAUAAAACCGAUGUGGCUCUGAAGGAACGCUUAUUGACUUCACGGGAUGACAAUGCCAAAACUUGUUUUUCCCCAGAGUGUUUAUCUUCAGAAAAAAGUUACUUUACUAUUUACGAUGUUUCAAAUUCAUUGCAUGAAUCGUCUUCAGAACCUUCUUUUGGGCAUGCUGCAUUCUUUGAUGAACAACAUAUCUGUGCUUUACGACGAUUCAGAAGUUCUAGUGAUUUUGACAAUAAGUCUUGGAAAUCUCACUUCCGUCGCCAUUUGGUCCAUUGGUCACCAAUAUCCAGAAAAUCGCGUGUUAGUUCUCAAAAUUUUGAAACAUCGGAAAUCCAUUCAGAUGAGCUACAGACGUCUUACUUCAGUCGAGUUAGUUCUCUCAGAACUAGCUACAAAUUAUGUCACCGUCGACGACAUAACUACAAUCCACUUCCAAAAACAAGACCAACUUCUAACUUAUCUGCUAUUCAUAGUUUAGCAACUAACAAAUCAAAAAUAUCAGUAACUUUGGAGCCAUCACAUUGCAACCAGGAACAUCAGAAUAUGGAAAAAAUGCUUAGAGAUACAACUUCGUGUUUGGAAAUUUCUUCUUUAAAUAGAGAUAUGCAGGAUUUGGUUUUGAACUCCUCUCCAUAUAGUGUUACUGAUAGAAAUGAUUUAAAACAAAAUACUUCAACGGAAAAUAUAUUGUCUCCAGUUGAAAAAGCCAGAUUAAACCUGUUCCGUCAUUCACCGUUAUCCCACUGUUUAGGUAUAAGUGGCGAUUAUUACUUAAAUGAUAUUGAUCCUUUGAAUCCAUCUAUGGAUGACUGUGUAACUUCUCCAGUGCUACUUGAUACACCUUUAAAAUUUCCUCAUCAUUCUCCUGCUUCUAUAUUUAAAAAAAAUUGCAAACAUUUAACUCGAAAUUUCCACUCAGUCGAAUCAGAAAGUAAUCUUCCUGCUCAAACACUGCUUUAUUCUAGUCCUUUAUGUUCCAUGCAUUUAAAUUCUGCUUGUAAACAUCAGCGGUUCGACAACAAAUUGAUCACUUCGUUGGAUAGUUCACCAGCAGUUGAUCCACUUCAAGUUACUACAGAAUCACUUGAAAAUCUAUCAGAUCCAGAGAGCUUAUCUAGUCAAUUGUUAGGUACUCCGGAAUAUUUGGCACCAGAAUUAUUACUUCAUCCUAAUUCUAAAAGUGCAUUCGAUAGUCCAGCUGUCGAUUGGUGGGCUUUAGGUGUUAUAUUAUUUGAAAUGUUAGUUGGUGUAACUCCAUUCGCAGAUGAAACUGUAGAAAAUGUGUUUCACAACAUUCUAAGCUUAGAUAUACGCUGGCCUGUUACUACUACCUGUGGAUCAUCUUUUAACAUAAAAGAAUCACCACAAAAAAACUGUGAACUUUCACAAGCAGCUGUAAACUUAAUUAGUGGUCUCUUAUCUUAUAAUCAAACAGACAGACUUAAAGUUGCAAAUCAAAUAAAGUCAAGUGAUUUUUUAAUACCUGUUGGUGAUUGGAAUAAUUUAGAUGAUUUAGAAAUGCCUUUCAUUCCUCAUCCUGAUAAUUCAACAGAUACAUUUUAUUUUGAUAUUCGUAAUCGGUACAAUCAAUAUAGUGAAGAGGAUCUAUGUGCAAAUGUGAAAUGAUGAAAUCUAUGACUUAAUUAAUUUCCUCUGUACAGGUCUUAUUAAAGAAGAAAUAACUGUCGUAGCAGAAUUGUGGCUUCUUUUUUUAUACAGGAAUUAUUUUCACAUAAAUUAUUCGCAAAUACGAGUUCGAAAUUAUUCUGGUGAAUAUUUUGAGAAAAUUCCCAUCUAAUUGUUUAUAUAUAUUCAACAGAUUCUUCAUCUAAAAAUGGUGGAUUUAAAAACUCCAAUUCUAUUAGAUCAUUUGUAGGUUGUGAGAAUAUUUUGUAGCUAUUAUGAACAUUUUCAUAGUCGAUACUUAGUUGUUCAGUUAGUUGAUUGAAUGCUUUUGACAUAACGUCACGAAAUAAUGCAGCUUGUUCUUUUAAUUUUUGUUCUAAUAUACUGAUUUUCGAAUCUUUUUCCGCCAUACAAUUUAGGUAUUCUUGACGUAAACUUUUCAGUUCAUCAUUUUUCAUUUCAAUUAAUUUAUUGGCCUCAUCUAGUUUUGUGGUUAAUUUUCCUAUUUCAUCUCGAAGAUUGGUUACUUUGAUCUCAUUUUCUGUGAUUAGGAAAGCAGUAUGGUUUUGUGUUGAUUUUUUCAAUUUAUCAUAAUUUCGUACAGACUCCAAUUUCUCAGUAUACUCUUGAUAACGACGAUUUUCUGCAAUAAAUAUUUUUCUGCUUACUUCUUCCCGCAAGUUUUUCACGUCUUUCUGUGUUUUUUCUAAUGUCUCAUUCACAGGGUCCUUUGCUUUAGUUUUCUUUCCUUUAGUUUUACGUUUACCACUAACAGCUUUCGACAUUAUUCUGAACUAUUCUUCACUCAAAUCAAAUCGUUUUUUGAAGAAAUCCUAAAAUAAAGAUGUAAAAUUUUAAAAAAAAGACGUUGAGAAUUAGGAGAUUGAUGUCUCUUUACACGUUUACUUUGUAACAUACAUUACAGUUCUCAGUAGGUAUCA